AUGGCAAUGAUAUCUCAGGUAGAACCAAAGAAUAUCAAUGAAGCAUUAAAAUAUGAAUCUUGGAUGGACGCCAUGACAGAAGAAUUAUCUCAAUUUGAGAAAAGCAAAGUUUGGAAACUGGUUCCUUUCCCUCAAGAUAAAACUAUUAUUGGUACAAGAUGGGUGUUCAGAAAUAAACUUGAUGAAAAUGGAAAAGUAAUCAGAAACAAAGCUAGACUUGUAGCUCAAGGAUACAAUCAACAAGAAGGUAUAGACUAUGAUGAAACAUAUGCACCCGUGGCAAGGUUAGAAGCUAUUCGAAUUCUCUUAGCAUAUGCUGCUCAUAAGAAUAUUAAACUUUUCAAAUGGAUGUAA